UUUCCGAUUCCUCCAUCGCGGACAGAGAAAGCUCUUCAGAAGCUUUCAAAAUCUCUCUCGUCGAACCCCGUCGACAGAGCUCCGAUCCGAGCGAUCGAGAGGGAGACGAGACGCGACGCGACGCUCCUCCAUGGCGGCGAUGGCUCGAGCGAGCUCGGGGCUCGCGUACCCGGAGCGCUUCUACGCCGCCGCCUCCUACGCCGGCCUCGACGGAUCUCCCGACGCCGCCGCCGCCGCCAAGGGCGUCACCUCCAAGUUCUCCAACGACUCCGCCCUCCUCCUCUACGGCCUCUACCAGCAGGCAACCAUUGGACCUUGUACUGUACCAAAACCCAGAGGGUGGAACCCUGUCGAGCAAAGUAAAUGGACUAGUUGGAAUGGCCUAGGAAACAUGGCAUCUACAGAGGCAAUGCGACUAUUUGUGAAAAUAUUGGAGGAGGAAGAUCCUGGUUGGUACUCAAGAGCAUCUAAUUACGUUUCUGAACCUGUUUUGGAACCUGUUGUUAAUGUGGAAACGAAUCAUACUGAAAAAGUUGACCCGGUGGUUGAGAAUGGGAUCUAUACUACUGAGCCAAAAAUUACAUCCACUGAAAAUGGAAUCCUGAGUGAAACUCAGGAUAAAGACGCCGUUUCUGAUAGUCUAGGAUCAGUUGCUGUCUAUGAUCAAUGGAUUGUACCUCCAACAUCUGGUCAACGUCCGAAAGCACGCUAUGAGCAUGGAGCAGCAAUCGUUGAAGACAAGAUGUACAUAUAUGGUGGAAACCACAAUGGACGAUACCUAAAUGAUCUUCAUGUUCUGGAUUUGAGGAGCUGGGCUUGGUCAAGAGUAGAGGCAGGGUUCGAGGUUGAUUCAGCAGAGUCGCAACCUUCCAGACCUUUAGCUCCAUGUGCUGGUCAUUCACUGAUACCUUGGGAAAAUAAGCUUAUUUCAGUUGCUGGACACACAAAAGAUCCUACCGAGACCAUACAAGUGAGAGCAUUUGAUCUACAAACUAAUACUUGGUCAUUCUUGAAGACUUAUGGGAAACCACCGGUGUCCCGGGGAGGUCAAUCGGUAACUCUGGUUGGCACUAGCUUAGUGAUAUUUGGUGGGCAAGAUGCAAAAAGAUCUCUGUUGAAUGAUCUUCAUAUACUUGACCUUGAAACAAUGACUUGGGAUGAAUUUGAUGCUGCGGGUGUUCCUCCUUCUCCAAGGUCUGAUCAUACUGCUGCGGUACAUGCAGAGCGUUAUCUCCUCAUUUUCGGUGGGGGUUCACACGCUACUUGUUUUAAUGAUCUACAUGUCCUUGAUCUGCAAACCAUGGAAUGGUCAAGACCCACCCAGCAAGGUGAUAUACCUACUCCAAGGGCAGGACAUGCUGGUGUAACUAUUGGAGAAAAUUGGUUUAUAGUUGGUGGUGGUGACAAUAAGAGUGGGGUAUCAGAAACCAUUGUUCUGAACAUGUCUACAUUAGUUUGGUCUGUUGUGACCACUGUUGAAGGGCGCAUUCCAGUUGCUAGUGAGGGUUUGAGUUUGGUUGUGAGCACCUAUAAUGGUGAAGAUGUCAUUGUAUCUUUUGGAGGAUAUAAUGGGCGUUACAACAAUGAGGUUAAUGUUCUUAAACCAAGCCACAAAUCUACAUUACCAGCAAAAGCAAUUGAAAGUCCUUUGCCUGAUAGUGUUUCUGCUGUGCACAAUGCAACAAAUGCUACCAGAGACUUGGAGUCAGAGGUUGAAGCGGUCCAAGAUGGAAGAAGAGAAUUUGUUGUGGACAAUAUUGAGAAAGAUCCCAGGAAAUCAAGAAAUGGGGGAACUGCAGAACAUCUUUUGGCAACCCUCAAGGCGGAGAAAGAAGAAUUAGAAUCUUCACUCAACAAGGAGAAGUUGUUGUCUCUUCAAUUAAAGCAGGAAAUCUCAGAAGCUGAGACUCGCAACACCGAUCUAUACAAGGAGCUUCAGUCCGUGCGGGGUCAACUUGCCACAGAGCAGUCGAGGUGUUUCAAACUUGAGGUCGAUGUGGCAGAAUUAAGGCAGAAGCUACAAAUGAUGGAGACAUUGCAGAAGGAGCUCGAACUCCUCCAGCGACAGAAGGCCGCUUCUGAACAAGCCGCGCUAAUGGCAAAGCAGAGGCAGAACUCUGGCGGAGUGUGGACUUGGAUCACUGGAGCACCUCCAAGCCCAAAAGUCGAUGAUGUCUGAAACUUUUGUAGUCGUCCACAGCAUCGACGGGUUUUACCAAAGAUUUUUUUCUUCUUUUUCGCCCAUUUAUAACCCUGUUCUUUAUAUUAAGAGAAUAAAAAGGCGAUGCCUAAGAUUUUUGCAUGAAUUUGUUGUAGAUUUAGUUUUUUUGCUAAAUUUGGGUUGAGUCGGGGCUAUGUAAUGUGAACAGAGAGAGAGAGAGAAAUAUAGCUUGUCGUUGCCUCUUUAGCUAUUAUUGAGUAUAUUAAGUUAAAAAUAUUAUAGCUAUCAGGCAUCUACAGUGUCAA